AAGCCUCUUUUAUUUGCAGUUUACUGAAGACAGAAUCGCAGCUUCAGAGGGACAGCUUCAACACAGCUAGGAGCCACCUCCAGAUCCUGAAUGGCGUCUUGACCUCUUCACAAGCUGAACUUCAGCAACGAAACACCAUGAUGACUUUGACCAAGGAACAGUUGGAGAAAGACUACUUGAAGCUCAUAACAUCCAAUCAGGAUUUACGGAGAGAGCACCAGCAACUUACUACAUCUUACAGUCAAUUACAAGCAGAGUACAAAGAUCUCACAACUUCAAACAGCGAAUUAGAAACAAAACAUUCAGACCAAACUUUUUUGAUGAAUCGCCUCCAAGGAGAGUUGCAGAACAUGGUCUCAGUGAGAGAACAGUUAUCAAGAGAAAUCUUGAACAUUAGCAGAGCUCAUGCUCAUCUUAAGAGAGUAUACCUUAGGCUCGCAGAGACAAAAAACAAACUGUUUGCCGAUGUCGUUAGUCUUUCCGAAAUGAAAGCUAUUGUAAACAAAGAUCUUGUUGCCAUGGUAAGGGAGAGAGACCACCUCAAGAAGACGCUCACUGAACUGGUCAAUUUCCUGCCUGUAGACAAACACUGUCCAAUCAGAGACCCUGUUACACAAGAGAGAGUUUGCAGUCCGUGCCUGAAAGGUUGGAAGCUCUUCUCCUCUAAGUGUUACUUCUUCUCCACUGAGAAGCAGGGCUGGAGCAGGAGUAGGGUGGACUGUGUCAAACAGGGAGGCGACCUGGUCAUUAUAGACAGUCCAGAGGAACAGGACUUUGUACGCAAACACACCCCUCAGUACCACAGUCCAGCAGAGCGGUACUGGAUAGGUCUGGACUCUCAGGAGACUCGAGGCAGCUGGGUCUGGGUCGACAACACCCGGCUUAAUGAGGGGUACUGGCUGAACGAGUCCAGCAGUGUCCACGCGAGUCGAGAUAAAGAGUGCGUGUCGACCCUCAGAGAAACCAGCCCUGCUCGGAGCUGGAGGGAGGAGCUCUGCAGUAGCAGGUUCAGGUGGAUCUGUGAAGGUCCAGCCCUCAUACUGUCAGCAUAGAUACACACAGCAGAAGGGAUACUGCGUAUCUAUAACAGGUCUGCUGCAGCACAAACAGUGGCGCUUAUACUUUGCAAGUGUUAUUUUACGAUACUAAAUGACCAAAACUAUAUUGUAUAAGGAUGAUAUACAAAAAACAUAACAAAAAAAGAAUCCUAUAAAUAGCAGUGGUAACAGCAGAUCGAUGUAGUUUAUAGUCCACAAAACACAAGAGCCUUAAAUGGGGGAAUAUCCAGGCCCCUUCCUGGCAACUGUGACAUGCUAGGAGCUAGCUUUGUAGUUUCAGUUCAGUGUCUAGAUAAAUAUAGAAGUCUGAUGCUGCUGCAGUCUGCAUGAUAUUGUAUUGACCAGAUCUUGCCCGUGAAACAAGAUACUUUCCCUCCCCAGUCUUACACAUACUGGAAAUUGUAGC